AAGAGGGGAAGUGUUUUUCUGUCCCUGACCCAGACCCUCCUCCGCCGCCAGUCCGUCCAUCUCGGCGCAUCGGCUGUGAGUUUAUGGGGAGAGUGGCCGCUCCCUGCAACGGCCCCAGCAGGAUCGUGUCCUUUCUCAACGCGGUUCCGUGCUUACCCUGUAAACAGCAGUGGCGGCAGCGGCAACAGUCUGCGGCAGUGGACCGGAGCAGGACCAGGACCAGGACGAUGAGCGAGCAGGGCAAGAGUGCCGCGUCCACGCCAGCAAGCGGGACACCAGCCCCGGGCUCGGACACCUACAAAGGCUGGCUCUUUAAAUGGACUAACUAUAUCAAAGGUUACCAGCGCAGAUGGUUUGUACUCAGCAAUGGACUGUUGUCAUAUUACAGGACGCAGGCUGAGAUGGCCCACACAUGUCGUGGCACCAUCAACCUGGCCAUGGCGCACAUCGACACAGAAGACGCCUGCAAUAUCGUUUUGAGCAGCGGGGGGCGCAAUUACCAUCUGAAAGCCAGCACGGAGGUGGAGAGGCAAAGAUGGGUGACAGCACUGGAGCUGGCCAAGGCUAAAGCCAUCCGAAUAAUGAACGAUCAGUCUGAUGACUCGGCGGACGAGGAGCCAACCUCUCAGUCUGACCACAGUGAGAUCCAGGGUACCCUGAAAACACUGGCCAGUAAGUUGGAUGACCUUAGCACGUGUAAUGACCUAAUAGCCAAGCACGGAGCGGCGCUGCAGCGGUCUCUUAGUGAGCUCGAGGUCUUACGUGUCCCCCUGGAGGGAGGAGAGAAGAUCAAGGCUGUGAAUGAGAGAGCCACCCUCUUCCGCAUCACCUCCAAUGCUAUGAUCAAUGCAUGCCGAGAUUUCCUCAACCUGGCAGAGAUCCACAGCCGCAGAUGGCAGCGAGUACUUCAGCAUGAGCGAGAGCAGCGCACCCACCUGGAGGAGACCAUCGAGCAGCUAGCCAAGCAGCACAACAGCCUGGAACGAGCCUGGAGAGAGGCCCCCACACACGCCGUCAACACGCCCGAUACACCCACCACCGACACGGGAGUGAGUGAAAGGCCCCGUAAAGAGGAAGCAAGUGAUGAAGAUGAGGAUACAGAGUAUUUUGAUGCCAUGGAGGACUCACCUGCCUUUAUAACAGUGACUGCCACUGACCCAUCUCAUCACAGGCGUUCUCAGAGUAACCUCAGUGGUGCUAGCGGAGGACACCCCAACGACUGGAACCAGGAGGACAAUUGUUCGUUAAGCAGUAAUGAUUUUUCAGGAAAGGAGCUGCAGCCUCACAGGAGGAGGCGGACACACAUCCCUGAGAAACCCAACUAUUCGCUCAAUCUGUGGAGCAUAAUGAAGAAUUGCAUUGGCAAAGAGCUCUCUAAGAUCCCGAUGCCUGUGAACUUCAAUGAACCCCUGUCCAUGCUGCAGCGCUUGACAGAGGAUUUGGAGUAUCAUGAAUUGCUGGAUAAGGCAGCACGCUGUGAGAACUCUCUGGAGCAGAUGUGUCUGGUUGCAGCCUUCUCUGUAUCAUCCUAUUCCACCACAGUGCACCGGACGGCCAAGCCCUUCAACCCUCUCCUGGGAGAGACAUACGAACUGGACCGCCUGGAAGAAUUCGGCUACCGUUCCCUCUGUGAACAGGUCAGUCAUCAUCCGCCUGCUGCUGCUCAUCAUGUGAUAUCACAGCGAGGCUGGACCCUGUGGCAGGAAAUCACCAUUGCUAGCAAGUUCCGUGGCAAAUACCUCUCCAUUAGGCCUCUGGGUGCGAUCCACCUGCAGUUUCAUGCCAGUAGAAACCACUACGUGUGGCAUAAAGUCACAUCCACCGUACACAACAUCAUUGUGGGAAAACUAUGGAUUGAUCAGUCAGGAGAUAUUGAUAUAGUCAACCACAGGACCAAAGAGACCUGUCAGCUUAAGUUCUCUCCCUACAGUUACUUCUCAAGGGAAGUCCCACGAAAGGUGACAGGGAUGGUUAUGGACAGUGAUGGCCAGGCCCACUACAUCCUGUCAGGCACAUGGGAUGAGAAGAUGGAGAGCGCCAAGGUCGUGCAGAGCAACAGAGGAAGCAGCAGCUCUGAGGGCAAACAGAAGACCGUCUACCAGACGCUCUCACCCAAACUACUGUGGAAGAAAUACCCGCUACCAGAGAACGCUGAGAACAUGUACUAUUUCUCCUCUCUGGCUCUGACACUGAACGAGGAAGAGGAGGGUGUGUGUUUGACAGACAGCAGACUGAGGCCGGACCAGCGGCUGAUGGAAGCGGGACGCUGGGACGAAGCCAAUUCAGAGAAACAGAGACUGGAGGAGAAGCAAAGAGCCACAAGGAGGAGGAGAGAGGCUGAAGCAUCACAGGCCAUUGAUGAAGGGAAGGAAUUUGAGGGCUACAGGCCAUUGUGGUUCCACCAGAGGACAGAUGAAAGGACUGGAGAGACUGUCUUUGUUUAUAAGGGGGGUUAUUGGGAGGCUAAAGAAAGACAGGACUGGAGAAUUUGUCCUGAGAUCUUCUGAAUGCACGAAACACUUGACUAACUAACAAAGGCAAAUAGUCCUUUACAUGGACUCAUCAAGGCCUUGCGGACUGCUGAGGAGGUGGAGACAGGUUGUGAAAACCUACUCUGUUGGGAACGUGUGUGUGUGUGUGUGUGUGUGUUUGCAGCCCUAAUGACAUAUCUUUGACUGAUUCUUAAACAGACUUGCACAGGAGAAGUGGAGAGUGGGACAACCAAACUAAUCACGUUCUCUCUGAAGUUCACCUCAAGAACUAUUCUAGCCAAGUGCCGCCCCAGUUAAUCUUCCAAAGCAAAUCAGGUUAUUUUUAUUCAGUACAACCCCUUUGAAAAAUGCACUUUCUUUACUCCUCUUUCUACUGAGAUUGUAUCAAAGGCGCUCUUGUUCGUAAAAACACAUGAAGGAACUCACUUAUGCACUCAAGAUGAUGGAUGAGAGCAACAUAUGUGUGAAUUAUCUGAUUGUUCAUGUUGAGGUUUGUGUACUUCCUUUAGUACAUUUUCAAAAAAUAUCAAAAAUACCAUAUUUGGGCAAAGGAUGUUCUUGACAUUUGCAUAUCCUAGAAAAUGAUGGCGGCACGAUGGGACUCUUUCUUUGGACACCCAGCUAAACACUUUCUCCCUGGCCCCUCCCUCUCUGCAUAGCUAAUCAUAGCAGUAAGGUUCAAACCUUAUGAGUCUUUUAAUUGAAUAGUUGACUCAAAAUGGAAAAUUCUGUCAUUAUUCACUCACCUUCAAUUUGCUCAAAACCUGUAUGACAUACUUUCUUUCAUGUAACACAAAUGGAGAUAUCUAGCAAAAUGUCCAAAUGCUCUUUUCCAUACUAUAAUAGUAGACAGUGACCAGUGGCUAUCAUGCUCCAAAAAAGACAUAAAACCAUCAUAAAAGUAGUCCAUAAGACUUAUGAGUUUUUUCAAGUCUACUGCCAUAUGAUAGCUUUGUUUGAGAACUUUCCUCUCAAAUCUUUCACGCUGCCGAAUUGUGAUCGUUCAAGAGUCAUAAUGAGUACUAAUGACAUCACUGACAUCAUUGAUGUCAAGUUUUAGAUGCUUAUGCACAAAUGAGAUUUGAGUGGUGGGGAAGAUUUUCAAGGACUUACAUUUUAGUGAUACUUUAUUCUCAAAGUUAUCGCAUGGCUUCAAACUUGGAAUAUAGCUUAAAAGUCACAUGGACCAUAUUUGUGCUUGGACGUUUUGCAAAACAUCUUUUGUGUUCCACAGAAAAAAAUAAGUUCACACAGGUUUUUAACAGCAUGAGGGUAAAAGGUAAGUAACUGAUGACAGAAUUACUAUUCCUAUAAAAGAGCACUUGUGUCUGUUAUAUUGGAAAAGGCAGGUAUGCCUUGAUUUCUGACACCAAAAAUGUUUACAUUCAUGAAGGUAAAUUUAAAUUGUCGUGCCCAUUAAUGAGGAGCUUCUUGCACUGGCUUGGCAGAGCCACCCAGUGGCCAGCUUCCAUGUUACUGUGACUGCCACAGUACGAUGCAUUUUAAUGCAAUUAAAAUAAUUUUUGGACAAUCAGGAUAAUGAAUGAAUGAUCAACCAAUAAAAGAAAACAAGUCACCCAUAUCACUCUCUCAGAAGAUAUAGCAAACAAUCAUCCAUUCAGAAUACAAUGUAUGAUACAGAAAAUGCCUAUUUUUGUGUUAGGAAAUGAACCCAGGAGAAAUGCUUGUAUUUAUUAGCAGUAGAAAUAGUGGAUUAAAACUCAAGUGUUCCCAUUGAAGUGGAUGACUGUCUAUCACAUUACAAGGUGUUGCUGUUAUAGAGAAGCACAUAGUAUAUACUCAUCAAGUUGAAUUGUUACAUUUCACUGGCCCAAUGGUAUACAGACAUUAAAUCCCCAGAUGAAUUAGUUGUAGAUAAUCAGAACAACAGUGAAAAAAGUGAUGAAAAAAAAAAGAAACAUUUAAGUUGUUUUGCUGUGCACUUUGGUACUUUGUUGAUCCAAUACAAACAUGUAUUUCUUCCUAGUAUUAAAGGGAUAGUUCACACAAAAAUGAACUAUGAAGUAUGUGUCAUAAUUCACAUACUCUACUUUCAUUGCUCCUUUUUUAUGUAAUGAAUGUGAACUGCCUAACAUCUCCUUUUGUGUUCCAUGGAACAGUCACUUGGGUUUGGAACAACAUAAGGGUGAGUACAUGAUGGCAGAAUUGUCAUGUUUGGGUGAACUAUCCCUUUAAGACCGGUGGAUAAAUUGGAUUCAUAGCAUUGGAUUCUCUGGAGAGCAGACCUCACUCUAUUUCUGAUUGCUGUUAAAAAUGUAGAAUUAGGCUUGAGGUGGUUUUUUUUUGCUCUCUUAAUUAGCCAUAUCCUAAUUGUUAUAUUGAAGGAAACGAUAAAAAAAUUAUAAUGCCAUGCCAUCCUAAUAAAUACUGUGUUUUGGUCAAAAUCUGGAUUUUAACCAAAAUAUUUACUUGUAAAUCUGUCUUCAAAUCUAAAAUGAUCCAGCUAGACAAGUUGACAUGCUGUCAAUGUUUGAUUUUAAAUGUUAAUAUUUUGUAUUAAAACACUGACACA